UGGCGGCGGGCGGCGCGCGCGGCGAGGUCGGCCGGGCGCGCUGGGGGCCGCGGGAGAUUAGGAAAUGUCAGGUCGUCCCUGCCUUGUGCCCUGUGCCCGGUGCCCUGGGCCGGUUGCCUGAUGGCCCGCUGUUCGGUGAGCGCCGGGGCUUACUUAGAGCUGGGACGGCGAUGGCACCAGCUGCGUCAAGACUGCGAGCGGAAUCCGAAUUCGGGUCGCUUCCGCGGCGGGCGCUCGCCCAAUACUUGCUGCUCCUAAAGCUGUAUCCGGUGUUUACCAAAGCCGUCAGCAGUGGCAUUUUGUCAGCCCUUGGGAACCUUCUGGCCCAGAUGAUUGAGAAGAAACAGAAAAAAGACUCUCAAAGUCUAGAUGUCAGAGGGCUUCUCCGAUAUUUAGUUUAUGGAUUCUUUGUCACAGGUCCACUGAGUCACUAUUUCUACCUCUUCAUGGAGUACUGGAUCCCUCCUGAGGUUCCCUUGGCCAUUGUCAAGAGGCUCCUUCUGGAUCGCCUGCUCUUUGCACCAGCUUUUCUGCUGCUGUUCUUCCUCAUCAUUAACUUGUUGGAGGAGACUGAGAAAGGAAGAUUGCUACAAUUUCAAGGUCAUCCUGGACUGCAAGGGGAAGGAUGCCAGUGCCUUUGCCGCCAAGAUGAGGAGUGGCUUCUGGCCUGCACUGCAAAUGAACUGGAGGAUGUGGACACCCUUGCAGUUCAUUAACAUCAACUAUGUGCCCCUGCAGUUCCGGGUGCUCUUUGCCAACAUAGCAGCUCUGUUCUGGUAUGCCUACCUGGCCUCUCUGGGGAAGUGAUGUCAGAUACACCGUGGAUGAGGUCUGGGGAAAUCCACCCACAGCAGGAGAGAUCAGAAUCCAUCAUUCAGGACAUCAUCUGACUAAAUUUUGUGAUUCAAAGAUGCCUUAAAAUUACAGAGGGAGGAAAUGUAUGUGUUAGUAUCUGAAUCUUGUGUUUAGAGAGAUGGCACCAGACUGAGACAGUAGGUAAUCUUAUUUGUCACUGUAAGCAAGGUAAAAUUCAAUAAACAGUAAUGCAGCUGUUUC